AUGGAUGCUUUUGCAAAUACAUCAACACUAACCUUUCUCCAGACUUAUCAUGAUGAAAAUAUUCGCAUAGUUGAUAAUAAGUAUCAGCCUUGUAUAGGACAUGAUCUUUUGAGGCAAGGCAAAUGUGUAGCAUUCAUAUUUACUGAAGCAUUAAUAGCUAGUGCACUAGUAGAAAAGGCAUCUAAGUUGUCUAAACCUGAUAAUUCUCCUAUUAAAGCCUAUGCAUAUUAUGGGAAUAUGGAUGAAAAGCAGAAACAAAAAGACUUCUCUAAUAUUGAUGUCAUUUAG